AUUUGCAUAGAUAUUUUCAUUUUGUUUUAUUAUUUCAGAACAUCGUCAAAACAUGGCAUCUGGAGAUAAAGAUAUGGAACAAGCAGUGAAGAAGCUGAGUAUUUCGGAAUCACGGGAAGUAAACGACAGUGAUCUAGCUGAGGACUCGGAACCAUGGGUUACACAAUUGCCUGAAUUAACUGGUGAGAUGCAAACAUUGAAAAUAGCUGACGGCACAGAACCAUGGAUUGCACGAUCGCCUGAAUCAACUGAAAUGAAUAAAGAAAGUCAAAGAGCCAAUAUCAGAGCAGUGGUAAUACAUGCUUAUUCUGAUAAUGCAUUGACCAGGGACUUCAUCAACGAGUUUAAGAGAUACAUACCAAAUGUAACCAUCCAAUCUCAGGAAGAGAGUGCCAUACCAGGAAGAACAGUCUUCGAGAACUUUGAAUCUGAUUUAGAGCAAAACGAUAUCUUAUUUGUAAUGGUAACAAAUAACCUCAAACUAGAGCCUAAUAUAGAAAGUUAUUUCGCAGAUAUUGGUUUGUUUGACAGCCAAAUGCGGGAGGAGAAAAGAGGAAAAUUCAUACCUAUUUGGGGAGACAAAAACGCGAAAUAUCUGUAUAAAAAAUUCGCCCCUUUACAUGGAUUUGAUUUUGGUCAAGAUAAGUUUUCCAAACUUAACGAAAUCAUACAAGAGAUUCGUAUGUGCCGUGAUGAUGAAUUUGAUGACCUGAAAUGAUAUGAAGGAUUAGAUGAAUAUUCAGUCGCUUAGGAUAUUGUAAUUUGAGGUUCUUCCAGAUGUUUAAAAAUCUAUGCACAGAUUCAUUCAAUAACCCCUUUUCUUCAAAUGUAUCUAAUUGACAAAUGGUAGUAUGUGUAGCCUUACUCUGAAAAUAUUGUAAAAAAAAAAAAACACCAUUUGCACAUGCGCCUUGUUCUGUGUUUUUCUUUUAAUUUAAUUAUUUUA